AGAAAAAAAGCUAGCUAGCAAAGCCAGCUAAACAUAGGUCCUGUCUAACCAGCAAAUGAAUUGUGCUAAAUUGUUGUUUCACUGCCGUUGUACAACCAUGUUGGUUGUCCAGAAUAGAUAGAUAACAGAGAGGGAGAUGGACGUAGUAGAGUUUGGUUUGUUGUUUUUAGCUGGCAAAGUGUCAGUCGGCUUGCUAACUAACGUUAAUGUUAACAUUAGCCAACUGUUUACCAGUUAGCCAGCAAUAUGGUUAAGUGGCUCUAGUGGGAUGUCCUUGUGCUUCGGUUGCUAAUUUUUUAGGUUAGUUGUUUAAAAUAUAUAGUAUGUGUAUACACAUGUUGUCGUGGAGUCAUUCGACAUUACUGGACUUAGUGGAAUCACUGGUUGCAUGAUACGACACACAUAUUAGGUUUGGGGUCGGGGGACGCCACAAUAAUGGCAGGAGUCAUCGCCAUGGCAUCUGUCAUUGAAGACUUCGAAACCCAGCCAUGCAAGAAGCGCAAAAAAGACAGCGAUGCCCCAGGGGUCAAGACAAUCACCAAUUACUUCACACCAGUGGCCAAAACGGUGGAGAAGCCUUUCUCACCACCUCGCUCCAGCAAUAUCAUGGACUACUUCAAGAAGACCCCUUCAGCCACUAAUGCCAUCAGCCCACUUCCACAGUCCAAAGAGAACGAGCUCCAGCCCGUGGAAGCUGUCGCUGGUGCUGAUCUUGGAGCUAAACGAGGCAAGCCUCCGUCCAAAAAGCCAGGUAGGAAGGCAGGAAAAAAUGCCAAAAAGGCUCUGGCGAUGAGCCCUCCGAAGGCUGACGACGAUUGCGUUUUCGUGGCGAGCACAGCUCAGUCAGAGGACCCGCCAGUGGAUUCCACUGUGCCUGUGGAUGCCACUGUGCCUGUGGAUGCCGUGGAGGACAGCACCGCCUCGUUAACUCAAAACAAUGGGGAGACUGUGGGAGACGUGGAGGAGGUGCCUGCAACCAACUGUGCAGAUGAUGCAACUGCUACCUCAAAUAAGGAUGCAACGCUAAAGGACACUUCUGAUAGUGGCACACCGUCUGUGAAGACAGACCCAAAACUGGAUGGCGCUAGUCUUCCUGUUUGCUCCACCCCAGAGGAGAAGGGAAGGAGAGGCAAGCCUGCAAAGAAGAAAGGCCGAGGAGGAAAGGCCGACUCGGUGCAGUGUGAUGUUCCAGAGACACAGGAGUGCUCUGAGCAGCAGCCACAGGCACCAUCUCUGUCAAGCGACACCGGUCCGGAGGCGGAGGCCAAUGAGGAGUCCCAGCUGAACCUCAGCACUGUGACAGUCUCCUUUGAGGACUUCUUAAAGAACCACAGCCCAAAAGGGGCAAAGCAGCAGCAGGAGGCAGACAAGGUGGAGCAAGUAGAAGAGACCGAGGAAUGUGGGACGAUACAGACUCUUACACCACUGGACCAGGCCGCUGACAGACUGAGCGUCAGCAAACCCUCCGACGAGGGUGACCAGCCUCCCACCCAGGUGUCUCCACGCACUCUGACCAUCCAGGCUGAGGUCCACGCCAUCUCCCCCGAUCAGGACCUCUCCCGGGCCUCCGAUCGAAAGGUGUGCUCCAUCUUCACCACCUGCCGCAGGAGUAAAGACAAGUCCACGCCCUCCCCCCAGUCGCAGGCCAACCAGGAGCCUCAGCCGGCGCCCCUGAGGAGGUCCAACGUGGUGCUGCAGGAGGAGGACCUGGAGCUAGCCGUGCUGGAGGCUGGAUCCUCCUCUGCUGCUGCUGCUGCGCCCAAGUGCAGCCAGGCCGAGCGGAAGCAGUUCAUGAACGCCUUCAAGCAGCCAGCCCAGGACACAGCCAAGGGCAAAGCAGGCAAGGCAGCCGGCAAGCAGCAGGAACAGCCAGCUGAGGGAGCUGCUCCGGCAGACGGGGAAGGAGAGAAGGAAGAGAUGGAUGGGGAGGGUGGGAAGGUGAAGGCGAAAGGGACAGAGCUGGUGAUGGUGGAGGCUGACCCCAAGCCAGUGGAGCUGAAAGGUGCUGCUCAGAAACCAGCCAAGAAAAAGCGUGGGAGGCCUAAGAGAGUGCAGGGAACCAGCCCCGAGGAGCCCACUCCUCCAGCCGCUCUCCCUGCAGAUGCCGAGACUCCUGCUGCCACUGAGGCCGGGGAAGCCCUGCCCACCAGCGCAGACCAGCCCAACAGCACGCCCACGGUCACUGAGACCAGAAGGAAGUCCGCCCGAGAGCUCACACGUAAGCAGAGCACACCGGCCCCUCUCACACCCUCCUCAGAGUCCCAACAGGCGGAGAGCACCAGUAGACCUCAGGAGCUCCCCUGUCCGGGCAGCACGCCCAAAACACACCGCCCAAAACGAAGCAAGUAUCAGUCCCACAUGCUGGUUCCUCCAGAUGAAAAAGGAAGCCCAAUCAGAAUGAAAUUCACCCGUGUGUUCAUAAGCCCUGGAGAGACGAGCGAAUUUGAGAUCUUGAGCCCACUGGUAAAAGAGGACUCCAAGAAGAGGAAGAAAGCCCAGAAGCUGGUGCAGAAGGCCAAAGCCUUUCAACAGAGCAGGCAAGAGGCCGCCGAAGAGAAAGCACCUCUGCGACGGUCCUCACGCUGCCAGGAGACGGCCAAAAGGAACUACUGUGACUCUGAGGACUCUGUAGUAUGUUUGGAGAAUAAUGAGGACAGCUCCACUGUGAAAACAGAAGAUACUAAAGCCAAAAAACACAGCCAGGGUCGCAGCCUAAACGACGUUUUGGGAAAAACUACACCUGGCACUAAAGUGACCAAGACACCUGCAGUGGCAGGAGCUAAAGUGGCCCCUCUGUUCACUGGGAAGAAACCUCAGAGGCCAUCAGCUGUGAUCUCCAUAUUUGAUGACAGCAGUCGUGAUGCUUCGGACACCUCUCUGGAUGAUGAGCAGUUCCGGGCGCGUCGGGAGUUCCUGAAGAGCGGCCUGCCUGAGUCCUUCAAGAAGCAGAUCGCCAAAACGGCGGCCAGCCGCGAGGCCUACACCCUCUCCUGCUCCUCCUUCCAGAUGGUGGUGCAUGUGCUGCAGAGAGCACCCGACUGUUCCCUGUGGAGUCUGCCCUGGCCCGUGUGUCCCCGUUUGGGCAGGCUGAAGGAGGAGCCUGGUGCUCUGGUGCUCAGGUCCCCGCUGUCCGUAGUGGGUCCACUCAGCCUCGGCAUUGGUCCUGCCCAGAGGAGUUGCAGAGAACAGCGUGUGUCUGGCUGGAGGGAGGACUUCCCUGAGGCCGUGCAGCGCUGGCUGGUGGAGGAGAUCAGCAGGUCCAACCCCUCCUUCCCCACGCAGCGCAUCUUCUCCCAGCUGCUGAAGAGACGGGCCGAGCAGCUCCUCAAGCCCACGGCCAACGACAAAGAUGGUGUCCCUCAGGACACAGCCAUGUCCAGCAGCUCCCAGCCCGUAGGAGGCAAGAGGAAGCGAGAGGACAACGAGGGGGACGCCGCAGAGAAGGUGUCCAAGAAGCAGCGCUCCAGCCGCAAGGAGCCCGAGACCAUCGUCGUCCCAGACGACACCCCAGAGCCCCCCAGGAGGGGCCGAGGGACCCGGGGCCGGCCACGCAGGCAGCAGCAGCAGCAGCAGGAGGAGCAGGCAGAGGAGCCCAAAGCAGAGGCGCUGUCCACACCCACCAUCUCCCAGAAGGAUGACGUGAUUGUGCUGGACAGUCCGACGCCCUCAGAGCACACCUCCACAGGGGAUGUGGUCAGAGAGGACGUGAUGUGGACAGAAAAAUAUCAGCCUCAGCACUCCAGUGACGUCAUCGGCAACAUGCAGUCUGUCAGGAGGCUGCACAGCUGGCUAAGAGAGUGGAAGCUGAGGGCGGACCGUGAAGAGAGGAAGAAGCAGCAGCAGGAGAAGAAGCAGGGGGACGACCUUAACGACUCAUGGCUCAGUGAGUGUGGUGAGGAGGAGGACCUGCUGUGCAACACGCUGCUGAUCACCGGCCCUACCGGAGUGGGCAAAACGGCGGCGGUUUACGCCUGUGCCCAGGAGCUGGGCUUCAAGGUAUUUGAGGUGAACUGCUCCUCUCAGCGCAGCGGGCGACAGAUCCUGUCCCAACUGAAGGAGGCCACGCAGUCGCACCAGGUGGACAUCCAGGGCGUGAACGCCCACAAGCCCACCUUCUUCAACAGCUGCAGCAGCAGUGGCGGCGGUAGCGGCUCCAGACCCGGCUCCUCUCCCCGCAAGGUGAACUCUCCCCGGCGGGUCGUCUCCUCCCCGCACAAGCCCCCCCAGUCUCCCCGCCUGAAGAAGAAGGGCUCACUGGCCCCCACCUCUCUGGCCAACUUCUUCAAAAUGGGUGGCAAGCCGCCUCCCAAAGAGCCUGCCGAAACCAACGGCAAAAAGCCACAGCCAGCCUGUAAGAGUCCUCGCAAGAGAGGCAAGGCCAAGGAGACGUCCUGUUCAAGUGAGGAUCAGUCCGCUACACCACCUCCACCAGCACCAGCACCAGCACCACCAGCGGCAGCUACACCAGCACCAGGAGCAGCAGCACCAGCCGCCGGUGGCAAGGCCCCAGGAGACGAGCAGGGCAAGAGAACGGCCACGUCACUCAUCCUGUUUGAGGAGGUGGACGUCAUCUUUGACGACGACGCGGGCUUCCUGGCUGCCAUCAAGACCUUCAUGGCAACCACCAAGAGGCCCGUCAUCCUCACCACCAGCGAUCCUAAUUUUAGGACCUCAUUUGAUGGCUACUUUGACGAGAUCCACUUUGAGACUCCCUCUGUGGAGCAUGUGAGCACCUACCUGCGUCUGCUGUGCCUGGCGGAGAACGUGCGCGUGUCUGCGGAGGACGUGGUGUCCCUGCUGCGCUGCACCGGCGGGGACGUGCGCCAGAGCCUGCUGCAGCUGCAGUGCUGGAUCCGCAGCGGAGCUGGACCUGGAGCCCCUCACACAGCCACCCAGUCGCUGCAGAUCAGUGGGAAUGAGGCAGCUCUUGAGCAGGAUGGGAAGCCAGACGUUCCUCCCUGUGAGGCUGGCUGCACCGCCAGUCUCCUCGGCCUUCUCAGUGUCCAGCUUCCACACAACCUGCUCCAGUUCAUCAAGUGUGAGUCAGCGAACCCACUAUGCUGGGAGCUUCUGGCAGAAACGGAGAGGAGAGGUUUUGACCUGCUCUACUCCAACAUGGAGGUCCUUCUCCCUCUGCCCACCUGUCCUCUCAGGCAGUCUCUCCCCAGGGCCCCCAUAGAGCUAGUGUCAGGCCAGACUGCCCCUACUCCUGUCCCCACCACCACCCUCCCACCCCAGCCUGCCAACCCCAACACUAAGCUCCCUCUGCUGACUGAGACGGAAGAGGCCAGCCCACUCAAAGUCUCCUCCAGGAUGAGGAUGAAGAAGCAGCACCGUCCAGGCACCAAGGACCCCUUCCAGUCCGACUCGGACUCAGACGAUGGCUUCCUGUCGCUCUGCAGACCCACGUCUGUCCCCGGCUCCGCUCCAGAGCCGCCGAAGGAGGAGGAAGCGCCGCUCGCACGGCCCGCGACGGAGAGGAGGAAGAGGGUCGAGCUGACGGAAGCUGAGAGGAAGAGGAGCGGCCCGGUCUCCGUCGCCCUGGGCGCCAUGGCUGAAUUCCUGGAGCACAUGUCCGCCCUCGACUGCUACCUGACGUGUUCGGCUAUGCAGGAGGCUGAAGGUGCGUACGUGCCGCCGCCAGUGCGUGUGGCGUCCGGCUGGGCCCAGGCAGAGAUCCGCAGCGGCCUGACGGACGAGCCCCGGCUGGAGGCCGGUGGCAGGAGCGGAGGCUGCCGCUGGGCGGCCGGAGGGGAGCAGGCGCGGGAGAUCCGGGCGGCGCUGGAGAGCCUGAGCUUCAGGAGGUGCAGUGGCGGCGUGGAGCAGGCGUGGGGGGCAGCGCAGGCCCUGGAGGAGGAGGAGGGGGUCAGGCAGGCGGCGCUGGACGAGCUCACGCUCCCAUCGGCUCCGCACAGACAGGCCUUCAGCAUCACGCCCGACAACACGCUGUGCCAGCCAGGAUUGCCCCAGCGUAGGUGUGAUCUGAUGAGAAGUGUGUGUAGCUCCAAAGUGGGCACCAGCAGCUGGGCGGCCGUAGCGCUCGACAUCAUGCCCACCCUGCGGACCAUCUGCAGAUCUGAGCAGCUCAAGGAGCAGGGCAAGGUGAAACGCAGGUUUCUGCACUACCUGGAAGGCACCAAUCUUGGUCUUCCCAAGCAAACCCUUCAGCUUCUGGCAUCGGACUUUCCAUAAGCCGUGUGUGUGUGUGUGUGUGUGUGUGUGUGUGUGUGUGUGUGUGCGCGCGAGUGAUUGUGUGUGGUGACAGUAAAAUGAGUGUUGUACAGUAUUGUAACAUACCCAUAAUAGUGGCCUUGAUUGUUUAUUAAUGUAGUGUACAUUUUGUAACAGUAUGUUUUUAUACUGGCAAACCUUAACCAUCCUCAAUACAGUGCCAUAAUUUUAUCAAGUAAUAAAUUGCUGGAUUUGACAAACAUUGAUAGAAAGAGUACAUGUUAACUUUUAAAAAUGUUUUCACUUGUGUUUGUAACCCAAGCCUCACUACGCUUAAAUGAUGUGUACUGAAGGAUGUAAACCUCUACUUCUCCCCAUGGUUCAAGUGGGGCUAUAAAAUGUCACUUUUUAUUUCAAAUCACAUUUCUUAUAGGUUGUGUUUGUAUUUAUAUGGUGGUGUGGCUCUGGUUACUUUUGUGAAAUCUGAAAAAAUAAAACAUGUUUAUUUUUUUCCCA